AUUUAAAGUAAGCCAUGCCAGAUUGGGAUCGUCUGCUUCAUUUCAAACGCCAGCUACUCUGUCGUUUGGCAGGUAAUAGAAUGUCUAGCAUACCGGAGAAGUCGCUUCCAACGCUGAAAAGCAUAACCGCACUGAAGAGUAGCCCAUCCGCCACUGUGCGAGGAAAUCCGUUAAAAAAAUUCUCUGCUGGCAGUGAGUACAAGCACAUCCUCAAUCGAUUGAAAACUGACUUCGAGAAACGGUACAAUAGUACAAAGCCGACCAGCGAUGCAGUGAUGUCCGAUUAUGAUGUGCUGAAAACCCUUGGAACCGGUGCAUUCGGAGUAGUGAAAUUGAUUCGAAAAAAGAACACUGAUCAAUACUUCGCUUUAAAAAUUUUGUCGAAGGAGAAGAUUGUCCGAUUGAAACAGUUAACGCACACCCUAAAUGAAAAAAGGAUACUGCAAAGUGUGGAGUUUCCUUUUCUAGUUAACCUCGAAUGUUGCUAUAAGGAUAAUUCUUACAUAUAUUUAGCAAUGCCUUUUAUCUGUGGAGGCGAAAUGUUUUCACUUUUAAGGAAAAAUAAAAAAUUCGGGGAAGAUCAAGCCAAAUUUUACGGAGCCCAGGUAGCGCUGGCACUCGAAUAUCUACACUUUAUGAACCUGGUGUACAGAGAUUUGAAACCGGAAAAUAUUCUUAUUGACACAAGAGGAUAUGUGAAAAUAACGGACUUUGGUUUUUGUAAGCUGAUAAGAGAUCGAACUUGGACGCUUUGCGGUACUCCGGAAUAUCUAGCUCCGGAGAUAAUCCAAUCCAAAGGCUACGGCAAGAGUGUGGAUUGGUGGUCGUUCGGAAUUUUGUUGUACGAAAUGGUUGCAGGGUAUGCCCCAUUCUACAGUCACACAGGUGAUCAAAUGGCAUUGUUUGAAAAAAUUUGCAAAGGACGCGUUCGGUUUCCAAGCAACUUUAGUAGUGAUCUUCGAAAUCUAGUACAAAAUAUCCUUCAGACUGACUUGAGUAAGCGGUAUGGAAAUUUAAAAAACGGAACAAACGAUAUAAAGCAACAUGCUUGGUUUCGUACCAUAAAUUGGAUUGGACUUCUGAAUGCAGAAGUGACGGCACCGUUUAUUCCAAAAGUGAACGGUCCAGGUGAUACGUCUCAGUUUGAUGUUUAUGAUGAGCAAGAAAUGAGGGUGGCUUCGAAAUGUUUAUUUGUAAAAGAGUUCGCCGAAUUUUAAUCGUUAUAGUUAUGGACGUAUUUUAAGUUA